AUUGCGCCUCCACAGAGUGUGACAAGGCUGGCCCUUUGAAUUACAGGUAGAACAGAAACAGGAAGAAAGAGUGAGAGAAAGUUGUGGCGAAAGAGUACAGCAGGGUUCACCACCAUCCACUGCCGGAGCCUCGUGGAGCUUUAGGUGGUUUCGCUCAAUAAACACUCACAACGCCCGGUCUGGGAAUCGAAACUGCGAGUCCGCUGCCCUAACCACUUGGCCAUUGCGACUCCACAUGUACAACGCAAAGAUGGACGAAAGACUAUACUGAAUAAUGAUAUCGACAAUAAGAUAAAAAGCAGUGAUUGUGGUAGUGAGGAAAACACCUCCCUCGUCAGUUGUCCUAAUAUGUUUGUAGCUCUCCAGCAGAGGGAGGGUAUAAAAGAUGCUGAGGAAGUAUAAAAGGUGAUGGGAGCUGAAUGGGAGCCAUUUUGAAGUUGAUGGGAGCUGAAUGGGAGCCAUUUUGAAGUUGAUGGAUGCUGAGACAAAAUCUGUGUCGAAGCUACAAAAUAUAUACUUGUAUACUAACAUUGUAUUUGAAGAAUAUUGAUACAGCGUUAAUUGAUGUUGUCCUGUUGUUUAUCAGGCACUGACUUCGCUGUUUUCAUCCGAAAACGGAUUAUCCAUGACGUUGCCAUCGGAGUAUUGUUCACACCAGACACAUGAGCAACAUCUAUCAACUUUCACUGAUGGUGUUUAUAAAGAUCAGACAAUCCCAUUGAUAUAAAUUUUUGGUAGAAUUACUGUAAGAUAAUUCCACUGAACUGAUACAAACUGCAGCUUUUCUUUUAAUCAUUAUUGAGAAUGUCUACAGAAUGAUUUUGCAAUGCUAAUUAAAUGUGGAUUAUAAAUUACAGAGGAGUUUGUAAUGGUCAUUAAAGUUUGUACAUAUUGGUAACGGUUACAAGUGAUGGAAAUCUAGCAGUGAAAAAUAUAAAUAUUUGCUAGGGAUCAACAAAAACGGAACAGAAAUACCUGAUAAUUGUUGCGGAUAAUGAACAAUUAACUGGCACUCCGUCUGUUACAACAAGAAAAAUUCCUGUUGAUCCAAUCAGUAGAACAGCCUGCUCGUGAAAUUAACGUUCAAGUGGCUGAGAACUCCACAGAUACAUGUACUUUUAACAUAGUCCUCAGGGAGAUUCAGUGUGACAAGGCUGGCCCAUUGAAAGACAGGUGCUACUCAUUUUUGCCAGCUGAGAGCAAUUAUGGAAACUGAAUUGUGUGACAACCAGGUUCAAUUUAAAAAGAAGCCGAAAAGUAUUGGUACUUCCAGGGGCAAGAAAAAUGGGACGGCUAAAAUAUCACAUAGCUGUGAAAUCUGUGGUAAGUCAUUCCCUCACAAAAGAAACUUGACAUAUCACCAACGUAUUCAUGCAGUUGAUAAACCAUAUCAUUGCAAUGUUUGUGGCAAAACGUUCUAUCGGCGUAAUCAUCUGACCAACCACCAACGCACACAUACAGGAGAGAAGCCAUAUCAGUGUGAUAUCUGUUGUAAAUAUUUCUCCCAGAGUAGCUACUUGACUAUUCACAAACGUAUUCAUACAGGCGAGAAGCCGUUUUACUGCGAUAUCUGUGGUAAAACGUUCUCUGAAACUGGUAAUUUGAAAAUGCAUAUACGUAUUCAUACAGGAGAAAAACCAUAUCGUUGUGAUAUCUGUGGUAAAUCAUUCUCUCAGCAUGAGCACUUAACGAAACACAAACGUAGCCACACAGGUGAGAAACCAUAUCAUUGUGACACCUGUGGGAAAUCUUUCUUCGAUAGCAGUUGUUUAACUAGACACAAACGGAUUCACACAGGAGAAAAACCAUUUCGCUGUGAAAUUUGUGGUGCAUCAUUCUAUGUUAGACAUUGCUUAACUAUACACAAAUGCAUCCAUACUGGAGAGAAACCGUUUUAUUGUAAGGUAUGUGAUAAGUCUUUCUCUCAGAGGAAUCUAUUAACAAAACACAAGCGUGUUCAUACCAAGGAAUCACCAGAACACUCUGAUGAGCAUGCUAAACCAUUCUCUCAAAAUGGCGUGAAAGCCACCCGCAAACGUAUUCAUACAGGAGAGAAACCGUAUCGCUGUGAUAUUUGUGGUAAUGCUUUCUCUCGGAAACAUAUCUUAACAUCUCACGUACGUACCCAUACUGGAGAAAAGCCAUACACCUGUGAUAUCUGUGGCACAUCGUUUGCUCAAAAGGGUUACCUAAGCACACACAAGCUCACACACACGGGAGAAAAGCUGUUUCAAUGUUCUGUGUGUGGUAAAUCAUUCUCCAGGACAGACAUCUUAGCAAAACACAAGCUCACUCAUACAGGUGAGAAACCAUAUGACUGUGAUGUCUGCAGUAAAUCAUUCACACAGAAAAGUAACUUAACUACGCACAAACGCAUUCAUACAGACGAGAAACCGUAUCACUGUGAUAUCUGUGGUAAAUCUUUCUCUCAAAAAAGUCACUUAACUACACACAUAAAUAUUCAUAUAGAAAUGUAACACUAUCAAUUUGAAAGCUUUUGGUCAUUACAAAAUAAAAUCCUUCAUAUUCAUCAAUCAAAUUGUUUUAUUUCCUGCACUGGUACAAGUAAUUGCUUAAUCGUAAAAUUCUUGUGGAUGUGGCUGUGAGGUUAAAAUGUUUACAUCAUAACCAUAGGGUCCUAGGUUCAAUCUCAUUGUACAGCAUUCUGGACGAAUAUCAUUUUGUUGUAGCAUUGUGUUGGACUCGUACCUUUUAAGUCAAAUAUGCAUAGACGGAAACUGUUACUAAUAGGAAAUUCUUUAAAUGUGACUCUUGACAAUUGAUAUGUGUGUAAUGGUAAAUAAAUAAUUUUCUAACUUC